GAAGAAGAGGAAGGGCGUCAAAGAGAUGUUCACAUCGGACGACGAGACUGACGAUGCGAGAUUUGCUGCCUUUGGAGAGCCAGGUCUGAAUAUCAAGGAGCAGUUCGAGGGUCCAGGCGGAAAGGCGCUCUUUCAGAUGCAGAGCAAGAUCGGCACAAGCGACUCCCGUUUCCAGCUAACCAAGGACUUUUUGGACGAUCGGAUUCGGGCCGAGGACGACGUAGACUAUGUGGCUCAUCAAGACCGUUUAAAGGCCGAAGAGUUUGCAGCAUCGGGCGCUGCAGCAACAGGUAUUGUCUUGGACGAAGACCGACAGGCGGAAUCCAAUAUCUCUGCAGAAAAGAUGCAGGCUAUGAAUGUGCUUCGCGCCAUGUUUGGAGACUCGGCAGUGAGGAGCAAGAAAAAGGAGGAGGACACUGCGAGACAAGCAAAGGGCGGUCUUGGUUACACGACGGGACUGACAGUGCGGUAUGACCCGGAUGCUGCUCCGCCCCCACCCCCUCCCAAGCAGCCUGAGCCGACCGCACAGGAACCCAGGGCGAGCGCCUCUGAUUCGAGCGAGUCUGAGCAACCCUCAAAAGAUUCGUCGGACGUUGAAGAGGAGGAGGAGGAGGAGGAGGAAGAGGAGCAGGACGAAGAUGCGGAAUUAGAGGAUGAGCUGGCCAUAGACGAUAAGGCUGAAGAGAAGGAUGAUCAGGUUCAGGAGGCCAAGCCCGCCAAAAAUUCAGUAGGGUUUUCGUUCGCUUUUGACGCGGAUGAGCUGAACAACGACGGCGACAACCAGGACUCAUCCGAGUUCUCAGGAUCAGCAGCUCCCAAGAAAGACUUCGAUAACACGCGCAAGUUCCAAGUCGCCACCGAUCUAAAGUCCCUGUUUGCACCGACCGCUGGAACGUUCAAGCUGUUCGGCGGCGAUGAUGAGGAGGAGGACGAAGAGAAUGAAUUAUUAUCGGGGGAUGUGGAGGACGAUCGUCAGGCAGGAUUCAUGAAUGACGAUCGGUCGCAGGACGAGAUCUUGACCUCAUACACGGAAGGUUCUAGGACCAUCUUUGCUAGCGGUGCAGAAGCAUUGACCAGGGCGCCCCUGUCGCACACUGGUUCCAUGUUCUUUUUCCAUUUUAAUAAUCCUGCGCUUCUGAAAAGGUCCAACUUUAAGACUACAAAUAAGGUGUUUAUGCGGACGGGUACAAUGGACGAGGUAACAGCGCAUUGGGAAAAGACGCGGCAUACCAUGACCCAGGAGUUCAAGCGCAAGCACAAAUCCGCCUCUCGAAACAAAGCCAGGGCAUCCAAACGGUUCAAGACUGGUGCUGGAGGAAGAAGCCAUGGCGCAGGGAAUCUGAUGGAUCAAUCAUGACGCAUUGCAUUCUCAGAAUAAAUAAAGAAAAUAAAAAGAG